AUGGUCGAGUCGCGCCAUCGUGUGCUUUCUGCUCGUGGUCUCUGUAGCAUCGCAAUCAUUGCCUUUAUCUUCGUGGUCUUCCUAUUCCCCCGUCACCGUUCCGAUCCGCAAUGGGCCAAUGUAGGCCACGCAUGGGGAGUCGAUUGGUCAGCGUUAAAUGCUCGCGGAACCUGCCACGUGGACUUGGCGCAGUGCCACUCGGAGGCCACGUACUGGGAGAAUGUUCAACGGCGGAGCGUGAAGCUGAAGGGCGUGCUGCAGCCGUUGGACCUGGGCACGCGCGGCACGAAGCUCUUCAUUAUCAACCCCAUGUACGCCUGCCCCUUCGAGGAGCGUCUCGGGGACUGGGGCGACGGCGGCAAGUGGACGUGCAUGAUCCCGGGAAUCUUCCAGCGCAACACCACGGUCUACAGCAUUGGCAGCCGGGGCUCGUAUGACUUUGAGGAGCAGUUCGCCAGGGCGCACAAGAGCGCCAUCUUCACAUUCGACCCCUUUCUGAAGCCAGCAGUGGAGGAGACCAUGCGCACACUGCCCUUCCUGCACUUCCGCGCCAUCGGGCUGUCCGGCGAGGCGGACCUGCAGAUGUACCGGCGCAAGAACCCCACGAAGCUGUUUGUGACGCUGGCGCGGCUGCUGGCGCUGAUGAACCACACGUACGUGGACGUGUUCAAGAUCGACUGCGAGGGCUGCGAGCUGCAGGUCAUCCAGGACAUGACCGCCUCGUACGGCUCCCAACCCGCCAAGCUCGCCAUCCACGGCGGCACGCUGCCGUUUGGGCAGAUCCUCAUGGAGUUCCACCACCUGCACAAGCCAGCACUUCUUCUCCCUGCACUGUAUGCACUGGAGAAUCUUGGGUACCGCAUGUAUCACGCGGAGUUCAAUCCCAUCUGCCUGAACUGCGUGGAAAUCAGCUACAUCCAUGAAGGGCUUGUCAAGCCAUCAAAUCCCGAGAGUUGCUCGUUUAGAGAAGGGAGUUGA